AUGCGGAGAGACGGACGUAGGAUCCAGAAACCACAGCCUGUGCCCGCUGCACCUGGUAUAUUGAAGUCACUCGAUCCACAUCUGGACCAUGCCCUGCAACACUCACACCCGCACCAUGUCCACGAAGCAUCAGAUGAUUCUUUUCCAGUUGAACACAGGGACAGGGUAGAGAAGAAGGAGAGGAAGAGUUUCUGGGAUGGGAUUAUCAGGGACAGGGACAGGGACAAAGACAAGGAACGCGGACGUGAUAAAGAGCGUGAAAGUCGUGAGAAGGAAAAGGAAAGAGAAAAGGACAAAGAUGGACGAGAUCGCAUUUGGCGGUACCUUACAGCGACCUCAUCGGAGGACUGGACGCUCGUACUCGAGGUCUGCGAGCGCGCAUCGGCUACUGAAGCGAAUGCUAAGGAGGCUAUGAAAGCCCUUCGGAGGGAAUUCAAAUAUGCAGAUCCUAAAUCUCAAUUAUCUGCUGCUAGGUUAUGGGCAAUAAUGCUCCGAAACGCGUCCGAUAUCUUUUUAACUCAAAUUAGCUCCCGUAAAUUCAUUGACACCCUGGAGGACGUGUUAACAAGCUCAAGAACAAGUCCUGUCGUCAGAGAACGACUAAUGGAGGUGCUCGCAGCCGCCGCCUUCAUCACUAGUUCACGUCCCAACCUCUCGCCCAAAUCCGAACCAUCGCCUUUCUCGCUUAAAGAUCGUGACCGUGAUAGGGAUGGUUUCCGUGCCCUAUGGAUGCGAUUGAAACCCAUUGAUAAGCCCGAUGUGGGGGUUCCAUUCGAUACUGAGGAUGCUAUGUUUAGCCCCCCAAUAGUCCCUACGCGUCCAGCAAUAGAAGAGCGGCCGUCGAAGAAGAGUCUCCACCAGCGCGGUGUCAUUCCUCCCGAAGAGGACAUGAAGCGCUUAUUCCAGGAAUGCAAGAUCGCGAAAGGAAAUGCGACUUUCCUUAGCGAGAUGCUUGCAUACGCGAAACCGGAACAGAUAGAAGGGAGUCUGGUACCAGAAUUUUUGGCGAAGUGUCGCGGGUCGCAAGAACUCAUAUAUACCCAAAUUCCAUGGGCAUCUGCAGGCGCUGAACGGUCGCGCAAUGAGCGAGAAAAGAAUGCAGAAGGAAAUGGACAAGGAGAAGAACAGACUUUGGAGGAGGAGCUUCUUGGUGCGUUGCUUGACGCGAAUGAGGCGUUGAUCGGGGCGUUGAGAAUGUAUGAUGAUAUUGUGCGGGUUGUGGAGGAACAGGUGGCUGUAGAGAUCAGUAGGAGGGAUGUGAAGAUGGACCGAAGACACAUGGAAAAUGAGUACCUCGGAGACUCUUAUCCUGAUUAUGGAGGCGGCUCCUCACGCACACCAUCCCCAAUGCCAUCACCACCUGCUUCACCCCGCCAACACGACCUACCUCCCAUUGUUCCCUCACAAAACCAUCCACUUCCUCGGGUCCCUCCUGCGCUUUCCCCUGGCCAUCCGUACUAUGGUUCUCCACCACAGAACAUGAGCACACCAACACUACUCGCACCGCCGCCUCCCCCCAUGGGUCCUCGUUCUCCUGCAUUCCCAUCACGCCCACCCUCACCGGAUAGGGGUGGCCUCGUGCGUCCGUCAAGGGGGAACUCGCUGGAAAAUACGGGUGGAGCUUUGGACCGGUUGCACAUGGACGAAAACGAUGUGGAGGAAGAAGAGGCGCUUGGGAAAAGGAGGGUCGUGGAAGAAGUCGAUGAUGAACAACACGACUCGAGUGAUUCGUACUACAAGCCAAGGCGUGAAUCGGUUGUAUUUGACUCGGAUGAGGAGGUACGCGGCGGGGAUCAUGCUAAUGCAAUGUGGACCCGAAGACAGCCUACGCAAUAUGUAUAUGACGCGGCUGCUGAGCGCACGGCGGAGCAUCUGCGGGAGGGUAGGGCGAAUGUUCAAGUUGCUGCAAAUGGGGUUCAUUAGGGUCUUCUGAUAAUUGUGGUCCGUUUAAUCGGUCUCGAGCUUCAAUUGAAGUGUAGUUAAAGGAGCUGUCCAUUUUAUUCCGUUCUUCAUCAUAUCAUGUUCAACCAAUUUGUACGUUAGCUUCUGUAGUAGUCAAUCAUCCAACCCGCUAUUUAUGUUUUUUGAACUA